AUGCCGCCAGUCCGCCAGACAGCCUCUGAAUUUUUUCUUGGACAUUUCACAGUCGCUCUUGAGGACGUUGAGUUCGAGACUGGAGUGCGAGAUUAUGACGUAGCUAACGUGGACCGCCUGCACUCGAUUUUCCGAACCGAAGGCUGUCAUCGAACAGAUCCGCUGCAUUUCGUUCCGGCCAUCAUUCCCAAGCACCAAAUAGACACGGCACUGCGAGACAGACAAUCCAUCCAGCGAUUACACUUACCUGCAGGGAUUAAACUUCACUGCCUUCAUGGAAAGCACAGAGUCCUCGCUGCAAAGAGAUUCUUCCCAAAACAGGAGCAAUGGUGGACCGCCACGUUAUAUGACGCGAGGCUGCCGCCUAAUGCUCGGUUGUUGUUGAUCGAGGAGUACAAGAAUGAGCAGCGAUUUGCCGACGGCGACGUUUACCGCUACUAUCGGUACGCUCAGAUAGCUAACGAUCAGGCAUCCGUAAAACGGUGGCUUGCAAGACUGUCAAGCACGAAAGUAAGAAACUUGCAACAGCUCGAAAAAGCAGAUCAUGGCAGGGUCCUUGAGCGGCUCGACAAGCUUCUUCCGUUUGUAGGACUGUGGCAGGGCUUCAAGCUCGGCGCCUUGUGCCGGCUUCUUCCACUCCGUACAUGGCAGGAAAUGAUACACUAUCUUAACAGAAUGCUGCAGCAGUGGACCAAUAUCGUGGGUGAACUAGAUCCAAGUCUCGUGACUCCACAGACAGUAACAUCCUUGGAGCUACGCGUACCAGCGCUAUCGAUCGGAGACCAGAGCUUCAUACGACGGGUCCUCGGGUUCGCCGAGUUCGAAGACCCAGGGACACAACGGUACCAAGGAAUCCUUUCCCAAGACGAGCGCGAAGGCUUGAUGCGCCGACUCCAAACGUGUUCGCGAAUAUUGUCGUUUCGAUCAUUCUUCGAAGACACAUACUUUCUCGAGAUAUGCCAUAAUGCUGUCCGCUGGCUUGUGCCACAGACAGGUAGCCGGACUUCCAGCUUCGAGACGUCACUUCGUGACUGCUACCAUGGCCCGGAGAACGACUUUCGAGUAUCAUAUAUAGAAAUAUGGUUGUAUUCCAUGCGGCAUUUUCCCGAACUGACUGGUCAUGUGUCUGGUCGACCACGGAAGGAAAGGGGCGGCGCUGAACUGAUGCGACGAGGGCCAUCCGCGGAACGGCGUCAAGCUUUCGCGGCGUUUGCGCAGCAACACGGCUUUCAGCCAGCACACCCAACCACUGCGAACCCCAUCCUGGCCGAUGUUGAGACCGCUCCAGGCAGACCUGCUUACUCGACAGACGCGACGGAUGUACCUGUGCGAGCGCGAUGUAAUAGGCCGUUUCAGCGCAGCUUUGAGGCGGACCGCCGUUAUCUGUUCCCCACCUGUCUUUACAGCAAGCAAGACAUGCAGUGCUUGCAAUACGUUACAUGUGCUGCAAUUGCUGCUGACAUCGUACGCUGCUUCUGGCCUUCCCCGUCUCCCGCAAACGAUCCGGCACAAGAUCAAGAUCCGAAAUUUUGCGAUCGCUACGCGACACCCGUCCAGCUCAUAGAAACCGCGGAUGAGAGCCCCAACCCGGCAUUGGAAAGUGAGUCUCAUGCCGUACAUUCCACAGCUGUACUGCUAUCAGAAACGGGACCCAGGGCGUCGCCACAGAUGACCCCUACCGAACGAAUGUCAUUUGAGCUUACUCCUCGACCACCUGAAGCGUUGCAGUUCAUAAACGUGCCAAGCAACGUGUUGCACCGGAAGGAGAGGCAUCUUGGCUCAACUACCACUGGGAAGCGUGCACUGAGGACAGACCUGAACGACUUCCGCAACUUUACAGGUUGUGGGUGGGCUCUUCUGAUUACGACAAAGCCUUGGCGUGAGAUACUUGAGCAAGGUAAUGACCUCGGCGAACUAUGCAAGCGCGUAGAACACAUCAUGAAUCCUUCCCUUGCCUUACUAUUUCUUGAUGGUGAGCUUGAGCGCGAGGUCAUUCCGAACCACCUCGAGAUACUGAAGACGGUGAAAGCCCAUUCAAACCAGCCGACUCGUUUCCACAUCACAAAAAAGGCAAAGUACUGGAAGAGAUCAGAUACUAAGCUGGACAUACAGCUUAGCCAGACCGGCGAUGACGCCGAGAUAGAGGUCCAUCGAACCGCUAUCCCGCAACAGUACCGGCUAACUGUAAGCAAUCCGGAGACCGGCCUUGAUACAUUGGAGAUACUUCUACCUACAAUCCUUGACGGAGACCAGGAGACAUCCGCAUACUACACAUUGGUAGAGAAUAGUAGCAACCCUGAGACUAUUGAAGUCGAGAUUGGAGGCUUCGAAGCUACGAAGGACCAUACAAUCAUACAUCGUGAAGCUAAUAGCUGUAGCUUCUACUUCAUAUGCUCUAGAUCAGCAUGGCACGAGUAUUUGUUAUGUAUCCCUCCUAUACUUACGUAUAAGGGAGAAGUAGAAGAGCAGUUAUAAGGGAC